AAUACGAGUUCUAAGGAAGCGUCUAAUGAUUUUAUGAUAUGCAUAUGGACUAUUCAUUUUCAUUUAGGGGACUGGACUCUUUUCAUAAUUGGAGAAUGUCUUCAUAUAUAAAGACGGAUAUAGCAGGACUUAUCAUAAUCUAUGGAUCAGAUACAGGCAUUCAGAAUCGAAGCAUUCAAGAAGCAUAUUCUAUGGAGCAUAGGCAUUCAAGGUGGGGAAGUGUACAGAUACCCGGAGGAGGGUCUUCUAUCUCAAUUCCCUUGAUAUGGCCCAGGCUUCAGAUCUUCAUGGCACUGAAUCCUGUGACUGCUGGAAUCUUCGUCAAUCGCAAAAUUGCUUAA